UUUGCUGCCUCUGUCACAGAGAGAACAGUUCACUUAACUGCAGCAACAGUACCUUAUGUGAUACCCAUCAGCAUCAUUCAUUGUGCAAGUUUGGGUUUGUAACCAUGAUAUCAAGAUUGUUUUUUCUACUUUUCUGUGGACAUGUUGCACUAAACCCGGGAAAUGCUCAGAAAUUGCCAAGAGUUAAGAGACAAGGCCUGAAAGUGCAGAUUAACACAACUGGUGACACCAUUUGCAUGAAAUAUCUUCGGCCAAAUCCAAACACCAAACUCGAAGGUUUCAUUGUGGGGUAUGGAAGUAGCUUCUACUCCAACCAAUAUAUUCCUUUGCCUGCAGAUGGAAAAUCCUACAUGACUGAAGUUGAUGCAGAGCCAAGGUACUUGAUUGUAGUGCGACCUGCACGCACUUCAAAUAAGAAAACCUGCUCAGGUCAGACCAAGAUGUCCAAACCUCUGCAACUGGUAGUGGGCACUUUGACCCCAUCCUCUGUCUUCCUUUCCUGGGGCAUCCUAGUCAAUCCACAUCAUGACUGGACUGCAAUGAGUAACUGUGCUAGUGACAGGUUUUAUACAGUUCGCUACAGAGAAAAGGAUAAAAACAAGAAAUGGGCUUUUCAGCUUUGCCCAGCUACUGAGACAGUGGUGGAAAAUCUGAAGCCCAACACACUAUAUGAAUUUGGAGUUAAAGACAACACAGAAGAUGGGAUUUGGAGCAAGAGUUUCAAUCACAAGACUGUUCUAUCUAGUAAAGCAAUAAGUGGACAACUCCAGAAUACCUACAAGGUGGUGCCUAAUGGUCAAACUCAGCUCACACUGCGAGAUCCUAAGAAUCUUGUCCCUGUUACAAUUAUCAAGCAAGUCAUUCAAAAUAUCACACAACGGACCUCACCUAAAACCACAGACAGAGACAGAUCCUCUCUGCCAAUACUAGUGCAUCUUAUCAUUCCAGGUCUCAACGAAAGCCUGAAAAAACUCCCUCCUGCCCUGUCAAUAGAGGAUAUAUCUCAAACAGUCGAGAAAAAAUUAUCAAAGAAUGAAACUCUGUUGUGGCCUGCUGAAUCUAAAACACCAGAAGUGCAAGAACUCUCCCCACAGUCCCUCCCAGGUACCAGUGAACCACUCCAGGAAAGCAUUAUACCUACGGUGUCUGGUGCCCUAGAAAAAUCAGAGGCAUCUUCGGCUCACAGUGACAGUGUACUGGAUUCUGCAAAACCUAGUAUGACCCCUAAGCCUGAAUUGCCAUUGAAUAAACUGGCUCACAGUGAGAGAGCCAGUAGACUUGAAGAAACUAAAUUGACUUCUAAACCUGAACUGGCACACACUCCAACCACUCUGGCUACAAGCAAGCUUCCAGAACUUCCUAAAACAAAAACAUCUCCCCCACUACGAAAACCUGCAGGAACACUGGUUACAAGCAAGGUUCCAGAACUUCCUAAAACCAAAACCUCUCCCCCACUUCUAAAGCCCACAGGAACAUUGGUUACAAGCAAGCUUCCAGAAUUUCCUAAAACUAAAACAUCGCCUCCACUUCUCAAGCCCACAGGAUCAUUGGCUACAAGCAAGCUUCCAGAAGUCCCUAAAAUUAAAACGUCUCCCCCAAUUCAAAAGCCCACAAAAUCAUUGGUUACAAGCAAACUUCCAGAGUUUCUUGUCAUUAAAACAUCUCUCCCACUUCAAAAGCCCACAGAAUCACUGGUUACAAGCAAGCUUCAAGAACUACCCAAAACCAAAACCUUUCCCCCACUUCUAAAGCCCACAGCAACAUCGGCUUCUAAAGAAAUGCAGCCGAUUUGUUCUGGAUCUAAAUCUUCAGAUCUUCCAAAAAUGCCACAGACAAAACCUGCUAUCCUGAGACCAACUUCGCAAUCCACAUCUCUCCCUCCCAUGGAAACCCCAAGGACAUCAAUGGCUUUUGAUGAAACACAGCUUGUUUCUUCAACAGCCAAAAUGCUUGGCAUCCCAGAAUUGCCAUCGACUGAAUCUGUAACUGUUCAAACAACUCUCAGACCUGUUACACCUGGUGCUAGUAAAAAGGAGUUUGUUUCAUAUGACUUGCUGCAUGUUUCCUCCAUUCCCCAAACUCCAGAAAUAUCACAGACAGAAUCUGCUACAAAUAGUGCUGAACUGGAAACAUCUACGCCUCUAAUUUCCAGAAUACCUCAUUUGUUAGGAACAACAAUGGUUUUCACUGAUAAGCAGCCUGUUCUUUCAAGCCCCACAACAUCUGAUGAGCCUGAAAUUUCAGAUCCCAAACCAGAAAAAAGUGAACUUCCUUUGGAUUCUCCCACUGCUAAAGUCUCUAAUCUUCUUAAAUGGCCAAAGGCAACAUUGGCUCCAAAUGAAACAUCACUUGUUCCUUCUAAACUGAAACCAUCUGCUACUCCAGAAGUACAGCAUGUGAAACCGGCCCCUAAACCACCACUUUUGGAGCAUAGUACGCCUAAAACUUCUAGGAUUACUGACUGGCCAAAAACAACACUAGCUCCCAGGGAAACAAAGUUCGUUCCUUCUACAGCUAAACCAACUGCCAGACCCAAAAUGCCACGAACUAGACCUGCUCCCAGUAAAGCAAAACCUGCACCUUCCAAACCUAAAGUCACUCUCCAACCAGAAGAACCUAAGACAAAACCUGCAGCAACCAGGGAAUCUGUUCCAGUUCCGGUCACUACUAAAGUUUCCCACACCCUUGAACAUCCAAAGGCAACAACGGCAUCAUAUGAACCACAGCACACUCCAUCCAAAUCUAAAGCAUCAACAAGUGCCCUGCCAGAAAUGACAUAUAGUGAACCUGAAUCAAGUGAAACACAGUUCAUACCUUUGACGGCAAAAUCAUCUGUUGAGCCCAAAAUGCCUCAAUCUAAAGCUGUCCUGGAACCUAUUACACUUAGAACUGAACCACCAAGGUCAGCAAUAGCUCCAAAAGAAACACAACAUGUUCCUUCUAGGCCUAAACCAUCACCCAAACCUCACAUACCUCAGACUAAACCUGUCCUGGAUCCUAUUACACUUAGAACAGAACGACCAAGGACUGCAAUAGCUCCAAAAGAAACACGACGUGUUCCUUCCAAACCUAAAGCAACGCAGAGCCCAGAGAUGCUAUCAACCAAACCUGUGCUGGAACCCAUUACAUUUAGAACUGAAAAACCAAAGGCAACACUAGCUCCUAAAGAUGCACGACGUGUAUACUCCAAACCUUCCAAAACAGUACCCAGCCCAGGAGUGUCACCAACCAAAGCUGGUCCCAAAGAGACUCGACGUGUCCCAUUGAAACCUAAAACAACACCCAGCCCAGAUGUACCACAGACAAAAACUGUUUUGGCAUCUAUUGCAAUUACAACUGAACAACCAAAGCCAACAUUAGCUCUAAAAGAGACUCAGUAUGUUCCUUCCAAGCCUAAACCAUCACCUACCCUAGAUGCACCACAGACCAAACCUGGAUUUAUCUCCAAUUUUUUUCCAGCCGAAAUCAUUCCAUCCCUCCAAGAACCAGUCACUACUAUAACUCCUGAACAAACAAAGGCAACGCUUGCUUCAAGUGAAAAACAUUUAAUUCCUAGUAAACCCAAAGCAUCUGCCAAACCAGGAAUGCCACAGACCAAACCUGCAAUACAUCAAACAACCUUACAACCACUUGUAACAAAACCUUCUACCACCCCUGAACAGUCAAAGGCAACAAUGGCUGCAAAAGAAACACGGCUCGUUCCUUCCAAACCCAAAACAUCUCUCAGGCCAGAAGGACCACAGACUAAAGCUGCUCCAAAAACAACAUCCUUUGGAUCAAUUAACCUGCAUCUUGUUCACAUUGUUGACGGGUCGAAAGUGACUUUGGUUCCAAAUGAAACAGCUCAGACUUCCUUUAGUCCCAAAACUGCUCGAACACCUGAAAAUCCACUGUUGAAAACUGCUUCCGAUGUGGUUCAUACAGGAACCUCUUCACCUAAAAUAGCAAAACCAUUUGGCAAGCCAGAGGCAACCCUGGCACCACAUAAAGUGCAGCUCCCCUCUGAAAGAUCAAAGGCAUCUGAUAAGCCACACAGCAGACCUGCUUUAAGCAGAACUACACCAGGACCUGGCAGAACAAAAACACCUGGCAUCCUGAGAUGGGAUGCACCAACAACAGAUGGUCUCACAGAAGAGGAUAUUGUCAAGUUUACUGGCAAGGACUUAGGCAUAUCAUGGGAAUCCAGUGUUUCAAAGAAAAGGCCAAUCUCUGAAAUGUUGCCACCUGAUCCUCAGCAUCCUCUGCUUGCUCCUGCCAAACCCACGCAAGUGCGAAGAAAACCAUUGCCUCCAAACACUGUGACUGGUAAACCAGGGAGUCCAGUAAAUGUCUUGGUGCCACAAGUUCCUCCUUCUCCCAUGGCCACUAUGGCCCGAUCUGCAAAACCAACUAAUUCUGUGAAGACAGGAGCACCCAGAAAAUCUCCAACAGCUUCUGCUACUCCAGAAGAUUUUGCUGAUGCAACUGUCUUCAGCUCAAGCCCUACAUCAGAGACAGAUUCACUGGGCAAACCUCGAUACACAGCCCCUCAUGUCAAGUAUAUGAAAAAAGAGGAAGAUGUGCCAUGUUCCAUCACAAGUUCACUUGAAUAUUUCCCACAAGAGGAAGGUGGCAGCAAGGAAGAACCUGUUCAACCUCCACAAAAUCCUCCUACUAACCUCACCGUAGUGACUGUUGAAGGCUGCCCUUCCUUUGUUAUCUUGGACUGGGAAAAACCAGACAACGACACAGUUACCGAGUAUGAGGUUGUAUCAACUGAAAACGGAGCACCUACUGGGAAGGAGCAGUCAGUUAUUACUACAAAUCAAACUCAUUCUACAGUGGAAAACCUAAAGCCUGACACAAGCUAUGAAUUCCAGGUGAAACCCAGGAACCCUCUCGGUGAAGGUCCAAGCAGCAAUACAGUGGCGUUUAAUACUGAAUCAGCGGACCCAAGAGUGAGCGAGCCAAUUUCAAUGGGAAAAGAUGCCAUCUGGACUCCAGUCCCAUUUGAAUCUGACUCCUAUUCAGAGUGCAGAGGGAAACAAUAUGUCAAGAGGACCUGGUACAAGAAGUUUGUGGGAGUGCAGCUGUGUAACUCCCUGAGAUAUAAGAUAUACCUCAGUGAUUCUCUUACAGGAAAAUUUUACAACAUAGGUGACCAGAGAGGACAUGGAGAAGAUCAUUGCCAAUUUGUGGACUCAUUUCUAGAUGGAAGGACAGGACAGCAAGUUCUGCCAGAACAGCUACCAGUCAGACAUGGCUUUUUCAGAGCAGUUCGCCAGGAGCCUGUGAAGUUUGGCGAAAUAGGGGGUCAGACGCAUAUUAACUAUGUUCAUUGGUAUGAGUGCGGAACUUCAAUACCCGGAAAAUGGUAGAUGCUGCAUGAACUUGAUCAUGAAAAAUUCCCAUCAUUAGACCCACCUGCCUUCCCUGAAAUAAGCUGAGACACGGAAGAGUUUAUGAUAUUCCUGCCAUUUAAACAAGUUUGCUAACGUGUAAAAGUUCAUAAAAAUCUAAUGACAAUACUGCAUUGUGUAAUAGCCUAGGCUGCUUACUGUAUUUAUCCAGUUUUACAAAUUUGUUUUAGGUUAAAACAAGGUAAGGAUAUGUUGUAGGAUAAUGUCUGGGGAAGCUGGCUCCCUGUUCUUGGUAUCGCAAGGUACGGUUUAUAUGGUAUUUUAAAAGAUUCGGUGUGUAUAUUAUUUAUCACAAUGUUGUAAUGAAUGUUCUGAGGCACAAUUGUGGCAAAGUUGACCAGAAAACUGCAAUAUGCAUUAAUUUUAUAUAUUCACUGUUUUUAUCAUAAUAUAUAAUGCCAUAUGCUUCUUGUCCAGGUACUUCUGGAGUCUUGGGCUAUUUCCCCACUCUACUUAAACUGUAGAUUAAAAAACCAAACAAACAAUAAAGGACACAAGCGCAGCCUGUAGAAGUCUAUGUAGCUUAUUGCCAAAUACCUAAAUGUUAGAAACUCCGCCUGUUUGUAUUGGUUAGGAACAUUGGUAUAUAGUCUAUCUGCAUCCAAGUUAAAACAGAAGCUGAUCCAGAUUCAAGUCCUUCUCCAUGGUAUGCCGACUGGCAGUAUUUUUUCUUUAUACAAGCGUAUGUACUUGGGAAACAGGAUUAAAACUGGCUUGCUGUUGGAAGUGAUUUACAUAAAAGGUAGCGUUUUCUGAAUUUCAGACCAACUGCCUUACAAGCCAAAUGGAUAGCACAACAGGAUUCUGCAAGAUCAUGUGUGAAGUGGGGACAGGACUUCCCUGAAUCAUAUUUACAUGCCAUUUCCUAGCCAGUCCUAGCAUAAUCAGGUUCUCUCUAUAAGAAGAUAGAGACAGGCUUUGAAGAACUGUUUGAUAUUAGGGGACAAAGGGAAAAUAGCAAUAAAUGAAUUUUUAAAACUGCUUUUACAGUAUUUUGAUUAAAAACUCACUUGCCACUUCUUCCCCUCCCAACAAAGCUAUCUGUUGUAUUGCUUGAACAUUUAUGAACGAAAUAAAGAGAUGUAGUUUUUUUAAGUACGGUGUUUAUUCAUUACAUUAAAAAUGUAUUGACGGUAUGAACAGGAACACCAAGGAAAUAAUAGAAGUCAUUUAUAGAAAAUGCCUUAAAGUACAUUGCAGGUACACUGUACUCCUAAUAAAGUAUUUUUUAAUCAUGUGAAGUUUUACUUUGAGUCAUUUUCUUCUUGGUGUUGUGUACUGGUGCAAAAUGAGUGCUGGAGAAGAGGUACCGCCAAAAUGACAGCUUACAUUGCAAGCUUCCUUGCAUUGUGAAACUGUCUGUACCCUGUUCUAGAG